AUGACUGCUUUAAGAUCCCACUCGCUGUGUUUUAAAGCAGUCAGACAUGUGGUUUGCUCUGUAGAGAGGGAGGGAAAGUGGCAGCAAAUUGUCAGAGGAAACCAGCACAUCUGGAUUGAAUUUCGGAGCCAUCUCAUUCAGACGAGCUACCAAAUGGAGACAGAAAUCCCAGGAGCAACACCCUCAGCCUUUCCCACCAAUCUGACAAAUCAUAGCCUGUGUCCUGAACCAGAGGCAUGGGACUGGUUGUACACCAUGCAGCCAGUAUACAUGCUUAUCAUCUGUGUGCUAGGAAUCCUGGGAAAUGUCUUUGUCCUGCUAGUAUUUUGCCUGCACAAGAAAGCCUGUUCUGUGGCAGAGAUAUACCUGGGUAACCUGGCUGCAGCUGACCUCCUCCUGACAUCUUGCCUUCCUUUUUGGGCCAUCAAUGUGGCCAGUGGUUUUGAAUGGCAGUUUGGCUCGCUGAUGUGUCGUUUGGUAAAUACAUGCAUCAAAAUGAACAUGUACUGCAGCAUCUAUAUACUGGUAUUAGUGAGUGUUGACCGCUACCUGGCUCUGGGGUUUGCGCUGACUUAUGGCAGAAUGCGACGGCCCUGGUACGCCAAGGUGAGCUGCUUGGCUGUGUGGAUCCUGGGAAUCAUCCUGAGUGUGCCAACAUUUAAAUUCAGGGAGGUAAAGUACAUCUCCGAGUACUCGGUCACUGCUUGCAUACUGAUCUACCCCAGUCAAAAGGUGGAAUUGGCCUGUGACAUUCUGCUUGUCUUGCUGGGCUUCAUCAUCCCUGUGACUGUCAUUUCCUACUGCACUUGCAAGAUUAUACAAGCAUUGCACUGGCAAGUAAUGGGCAGGUUCAAUGCAGUAAAUAAAGAGAGGAAAGCAACAGUGCUGGUGUUAGCUGUUCUUCUGGCUUUUCUGCUGUGUUGGAUUCCUUUUCACCUGGUAACCAUUUUAGAUAUCCUGAUAAGAUCUGAAAUAUUAAGUGGAUGUACAUUUCAAAAUGUCCUGGAUAUCUGUAACCAGAUAUUCACGUAUUUGGCAUUGAGCAACAGCGUGCUCAACCCAAUCCUCUAUGUGAUAGUUGGCAAAAACUUCAGAAAGAAAGUGAUGGAGCUCCAGUCAUCAACACGGAAAACAUUUGCAUGAUUAAUAAAAAGAAAACUAUUUAAAUCAUUGAACAGAUUAAAUAAGCAUUUGUUUUUAAAAUAUGUAACCAAUACCUGACACCAUCACUGUUUUAAUGUCAUGAUUUAUGUAAAUGUUGUUAAUUUAUAUUUCUCAAAGAAAUUUCCUGAUGUUUAACAGCCUUUGUAUUUGCAUGUGUUAUCCAAUAUAUUAUUGUAUUGUUGUAUUGUUGAAUUAGUAUUUAUGUACCGAAUGCAGGUGCAGCAUUAGCACAUAAUAUAAGUAAGAUCUAUACUUGUAUAAUUAAUCUCAGGCUAGUUAAGAUAUGACAGUAAUUAACACUGUGUGUUAGGAUAAUAUUUGGAUAUAUUUCAGUUUCAAAUGAGGACUUCUGUAACCAUUAAAAAUAAUUAUGUCUGUUUUUAAUGUUUUCUGAAACAAUACAUAUACACUGAAUAAAGGUUUUUUGUUAAUAAUUUAAGUAAAUAGUUG